AUGGCCGGGAUGGAGGAGGCAACGCGGAACGGCCUCAAGAGCCUCCGGCUUCCCCCCCUGGAAGACGUCCGAUGUAGUAUUUUGAGUCUGCAAACUCAGCUGGAGGCGAUGAGGGCGCUGAUGAUGGACCCGAACCGCGUUCAUGCCAUCCGGAAUAGCAAAUCGCCGCGGGGGGCGGCGGCGGAGUCGUGGCAUUUGGACGAGGCCUCCUCCACUUUAGGAAAGGAGGCGAGUAGAAUACGAUUGAACCUCAAAUUGGACAUCGGGGGGGAUCGUCAUGCCGUUUCGGAUUCACCCGAUCCCCAUCCUUCGACGUUUCCAUCAGCGAAAGAUCUUAUUUUUAUCAUCAUGGCACGGCCAUCGGAUCGAGUGAGGGACAUCAAGGAAAGGUUUUUAGAACGUCUGACGGAGAAUAAAUUACUGCCAAUGGGUAAUUUGAUAUCCGAAGAUAAUACACUGCUUUUUAUGGAUGAGAAGGUGCUGUUUGAUACAGAUCUUCUUGGGCAUGAUUUGGAAAUGAACUUACUUCCAGCAAAUGAAUACAAUUUAACGCUACGGUGUAGAAUGUAA